UGUUUUCGGGAAAAGAAACUUAAAUUUAAAGGUAUGGAGGAGUGUAAAGAAUUUCAGCUUCCAUCAAAAGGAGUAUUUACUAUGGCUGAUAUGGAAAAGUGGGAACAAUCAGAGGCUUAUCAUGACACUUUGGGCUUUAUUUUGGCAAUGAGUGAAGCUGUUAAAGGAAAAAAGAUAUCUGAUGUUCCGAAAAGUUCUGAGGCUGUUUCUAAAAUGUGCAAUUUGUUAGAAAAAGUCGAUACAUUCAUUGAUGAAAUACCUCCUGUAGAGCAACCUCAAAGAUUUGGAAACAAAGCCUUUCGGGAUUUUUAUGCAAAGAUAAAAGUGGAAGCUGAACCUUUAUUAAAAGAUGUUUUACCUGAAUCACUACAUCCUAGUAUAGUGGAGCUGUCUGUGUAUCUUAGUGAAAGUGUCGGUAACUCCACCAGAAUUGAUUAUGGAACCGGUCAUGAGUUGUCUUUUGCCAUGUUUCUUUGCUGCCUUUUCAAACUUGGAGUGUUUAAAACAGAUGAGGGUGAUCAAGUAAUUUUACAUAUUUUUGACAGGUAUUUAACUUUAGCAAGAAAAUUGCAAGUAACAUAUAGAAUGGAACCAGCUGGUAGUCAUGGUGUAUGGAGUCUGGAUGAUUAUCAGUUUUUACCUUUUAUUUGGGGCAGUUCUCAAUUAAUAGGUCAUAAACGUCUUGAGCCACGAUCUUUAACAGAUGAAGAUAUGGCUGUAUCUUUUGCUAAAGAUUAUAUGUUUAUGGGAUGUAUAAAGUUUAUUAAUCAAGUAAAAACAGGGCCAUUUUCAGAGCAUUCUAACCAGCUAUGGAAUAUAAGUGGAGUUCCAACAUGGGACAAAGUCAAUUCUGGUCUGAUAAAAAUGUACAAAAAAGAGGUACUAGGAAAAUUUCCAGUUAUCCAGCAUGUUUUAUUUGGAAAUAUUCUUCCAAUUAAAAAAGAUGAACUUAUAAAAUGAACUCAUCUAACUGAUGCUGUAUUUUUCUGUUUUAAAUGGAUGUAAAUAAUUCUAAUUUAUGAAUUUUAUUAUAAGUAUUGAAAUGCAAUUGUAUGAAUCUUAUAUUUGUGGCACUAUUUAUUACUAAACUUUGUACUGUCUUCCAUGAAUUAUAUCUCAUUAUGCCAGUUAAAUAUUUUUUUUUAAGAAUUAGUUUCAUAUCUCAUAUUAUUUUAUUUGCAUCUUUUGAAUUGUCUUAUAUAAUUUGUAAUUAUGUUAGUUUAAAUAAAAUUGACUGCAAGUUAUUCAUCCAAUUUAUUAUCCACCACUAAAAGGUGUUUCACUGGCAUUUCUUUGUCUUUCAUUAUUUCUCACAUCACUGUUCAGCCUGUAUCUAUUAAAAUCUGCCUUCUAUUAUAUUGUAAUUAUAUUAACUUAAAUAACAUUGGCUGCAAAUUUGUCCAACCAAUUUAUUUACAUUUUUACAGGGUGUUAAAACAUAACUUGAAUGCAGCUAUUCUAAAUAUCCUUGCCUAAUAUUGUUUCAAAUGAUGAAUUCUUCAAAAAUCUAUGUGCAUGUUCUAAGUUUAUGAACAGUAAUACACAACUUAACAGUUAAAACAUAACUUAAAUGCAGCUAUUCUUAAUAUCCU